AUGCUGCACCUGUCGCCGCCGCCUCGCAGGGCCGUCCCGCGGGGCGAGCUGGUCACUGAGGCACUGAGUCGGGCAGGGCCGGCCGCCAAGACCGCGCCGCGCGCCCGCCGCGGGCUCGCCGCCGAGCUCGCCGCCGGGAGCCCGGCCUACGCUCGCGCCUCGCAGCGCCUCGCGGCGCAGCGGCGGUCCCCCGCCGGCGCCUCGCGCGAAUGCGCGCGGCGCCCGCGCGCGGUCACGAUGCAGGUGCGGGAUGCGCGGAAGUCCGGCAGGCCCCUCGGGGCAGCUGGCCGCAGUCUGGUGGCGCCCUCGCAGCUGCCGGUGGCCGCGCCAGGCGCCUCGCCGCAGGACACGCUGCUGCCGGCGGCGGAGCCGGCGUCGCGGCCGUCCUCCUGCGACAGCGACGCGGGGCUGGAGACCGUGUGGCGGCAGCAGGUGCGCGCCGACAUGAAGUCCUUGAGCAAGGAGUCCAUGGCCAGCCCACCGGCACCUGCCGCCCGGCGGAAGCUGGGCUCGCGGCCGCGGCCUCCGCUCCGCACGGAGGCCAGCGGCCCCCCCCCGGCCUGGACCGGCCACGCCAGGCGAGGAGGCGUAGCCGCCUUUUGCCUCGCAGUUUCCCCGGCGGCCGACAUGCACGGCGACCUCGCGAGCUCCGCGCGGGCUGGCGGUGCCUCCUGGGCCGAGGCCGCCAGGAGACGCGACUGA